GACAAGGAGGGCAAAGCAGUAUCUCGCGGGAAGUUGAACCGGAAAAGCGAGGGAUAGAAGUGCGAGCGGGUGAACCUCGCGUGUGAGGCUGUGCUUUUGGUUUCCUGGAGGUGCUGGGUCCUGUAGAUCUCUUGUCUGGCAUCUCGCGGCGGGAUAAUGUUGACCCGGCUGAAAGCAAAAUCAGAGGGGAAGCUUGCAAAACAGAUUUGCAGAGUUGUAUUGGAUCAUUUUGAGAACCAGUAUUCCAAAGAACUUGGAGAUGCCUGGAAUACAGUAAGGGAUAUACUAAUAUCACCAUCAUGCUGGCAGUAUGCUAUCCUUCUUAACCGAUUCAAUUAUUCCUUUGAACUGGAAAAAGAUUUACAUUUAAAGGGCUAUCACACACUCUUUCAAGGAUCUUUACCCUACUAUCCUAAAUCAAUGAGGUGUUACCUUAGCAGAACUCCAGAUAGAAUGCCUUCAGAAAGACACCAAAUUGGAAAUCUAAAAAAAUAUUAUCUCCUGAAUGCUGCCUCUCUUCUCCCAGUAUUGGCUCUGGAAUUAAGGGAUGGCGAGAAGGUUCUGGAUCUCUGUGCUGCUCCUGGAGGCAAAUCGAUAGCUCUGCUUCAGUGUGCUUAUCCAGGUUAUCUUCACUGUAAUGAACAUGAUAGUCUGAGAUUGAGGUGGCUGAGGCAGACAUUAGAAUCUUUCAUCCCACAGCCUUUGGUAAAUGUAAUUAAAGUGUCUGAAUUGGAUGGCAGAGAAAUGGGAGAUGCCCAGCCUGAAAUGUUUGACAAGGUGUUAGUUGAUGCUCCCUGUUCAAAUGAUCGAAGUUGGUUGUUCUCUUCUGAUUCUCAGAAGGCAACCUGGAGGAUAAGCCAAAGGAGGAAUUUGCCCAUUCUGCAGCUAGAACUAUUAAGGUCUGCAAUUAAGGCCUUACGCCCUGGAGGGUUGCUUGUGUACUCUACAUGCACACUUUCCAAGGCAGAAAAUCAAGAUGUCAUCAGUGAAAUUUUAAACUCCUACACGAACAUCAUGCCUGUGGACAUUAAGGAAAUGGCAAGGACUUGCUCCCAAGACUUCACAUUUGUUCCCACUGGCCAGGACUGUGGACUCUUAGUGAUUCCAGACAAGGGUAAAGCCUGGGGCCCAAUGUAUGUAGCCAAAUUGAAGAAAUCAUGGACUACAUGAAAUUGGUGAUAUGCAUUUUGUAAGUCAUGACAGUGUAUUAUUAUAUUUAUAUUUCUGGGUUCUUGAGGUGUUAACAUUUAAAUAAAUGUGGAGUCAUUUUCCCUGGG